CCAAUUAAGAAAGUGGAAGCUCCAAAGGGGGCGGUCACGGGGCGGACUGGGUUGUGGUGAUUCCCGAGGAUUGUGCGCUGGAAGCUGAGGCGUCUGCGGGCAUCCGCACGAUGCCGUGACGCGGCAGCGCUGUACAGCCGACACCGAGAGCAUACUCCAGCGGGUGGAGUCCUUCGGUCCCGGAGGUGGCCUGGCGGGAAGGCAAAUUGUGUGUUUCGAGAGCUGUUCUCCGAAGCUUUCGGCGGGUGGGGGAGGGGCGGCGGCUGACGAGCAGGACUCGUCUGCGCCUGCGCCCACCUCUUGGCCGCGACCGGGCGGCACGCACGCGCAUGCUCAGAGUACGUGGAGUCUCGUGGCCGGCAGCGGCGCGCAUGCGCGUCGAGAAGCCCGCUAAGGAGCGGCGCUGUCGGAGGUCGGGCGGGCUGGCUGGCGGUGACGUCGUGAGGAGAGCUUUAAAGUGCGGGCUGGGCCGGGCGUCUGAGGGUCCGACCCAGAGUCUGGCGGAGUCUCUGCCGAAGCCCUCCGCGGCAUGAGGCGCUGCCGGCGCCUUUUUCCCUCGGGACGUGGAGAAGGUGGAGGAGGAGGAAGCCCCGCGGUGGCUUGUGCUGCAUGACCGACCGCUGCUGAGGUUCGACCCCCUUCCCGGCCCCUCUCCGCUCCCCCUCCCCGCUGGUUCCUCGAGCCACGCAUGGGGGCCUGGCACUGAAGACCCUCGCUUCCCUGUCGGGUCCCCCGAGAGCCAUGCCGGGCCGCCCCGGAGGACCCUAGAGUUGAGUCGGCGGGGGCCAUGGCGGCCGCCAGCGGCUACACGGACCUGCGCGAGAAGCUCAAGUCCAUGACGUCCCGGGACAACUACAAGGCAGGCAGUCGGGAGGCCGCCGCCGCUGCAGCCGCCGCCGUGGCCGCCGCCGCGGCUGCCGCGGCCGCUGCCGAGCCUUACCCGGUGUCCGGGACCGCCAAACGGAAGUACCAGGACGACUCGGACCCCGAACGCAGCGACUACGAGGAGCAUCAGUUGCAGAAGGAGGAGGAGGCGCGCAAGGUGAAGAGCGGCAUCCGGCAGAUCCGCCUCUUCAGCCAGGACGAGUGCUCCAAGAUCGAGGCCCGCAUCGACGAGGUGGUGUCCCGCGCCGAGAAGGGCCUGUACAACGAGCACACCGUGGAUCGGGCCCCCCUGCGCAACAAGUACUUCUUCGGCGAGGGCUACACGUACGGGGCCCAGCUGCAAAAGCGCGGGCCGGGCCAGGAGCGCCUCUACCCGCCGGGCGACGUCGACGAGAUCCCGGAAUGGGUGCAUCAGCUGGUGAUCCAGAAGCUGGUGGAGCACCGCGUCAUCCCCGAGGGCUUCGUCAACAGCGCCGUCAUCAACGACUACCAGCCCGGCGGCUGCAUCGUAUCUCACGUCGACCCCAUCCACAUCUUCGAGCGCCCGAUCGUGUCCGUGUCUUUCUUUAGCGAUUCGGCCCUUUGCUUCGGCUGCAAGUUCCAGUUCAAGCCCAUCCGGGUAUCGGAACCUGUACUCUCUCUGCCGGUGCGCAGAGGGAGCGUGACUGUGCUCAGUGGGUAUGCUGCUGAUGAAAUCACUCACUGCAUACGGCCUCAGGACAUUAAGGAACGUCGGGCGGUCAUCAUUCUCAGGAAGACAAGAUUAGAUGCACCGCGAUUGGAAACAAAAUCCCUGAGCAGCUCCACAUUGCCACCCAGCUAUGCUUCAGAUCGCCUGUCAGGAAACACCAGAGACCCUGCGCUGAAACCUAAAAGGUCCCACCGCAAGGCAGACCCCGAUGCUGCCCACAGACCUCGGAUUCUGGAGAUGGACAAAGAAGAAAAUCGGCGGUCUGUGCUUCUGCCUACACACCGGCGGAGGGGGAGCUUUACCUCUGAGAACUAUUGGCGCAAGUCGUAUGAGUCCUCGGAAGAUUGCUCAGAGGCAGCCAGCAGCCCCACCCGCAAGGUGAAGAUGAGGAGACACUGAGGCUCUGUGCCCUUCUGGGACUCUGGCUAAUCCUGAUGUAGCUACCCCAUCUUCUGUUCCGUUUGAGUGUUUUUUCUUUGUUAUUUUGGUCCUGUAUACGUUUUCCUUGCUUUGUUGCCCAUUAAGGCUAAAGAACAGAAUUGGUGAAAGACCUGGGUUCUUAUGUUUUGGCUUCCCUCCUUGCUGGAAAAGGCUGUUAGCUUUUCUGUAGGGGAUUGCUCACACCAGAGUAGCCAGUAGAGAUAAUGGGGACAGUGUCUUCAAGUGGAAGUUUAUUGAAACAUACAAAAUGUUUUGGUUACGAAAUUCUAGUUUGGGCUUUAAAUGUAAAUCUUUGUAGUGUUUCAAACAAAGUCUAUUCUUUUGCCAGCCAUUUUCUUCCACUGAUGCUCAUGUUUGGAUGAGGUCUCUUGGAGCCAUAUAGGCCCAGCAUUGAGUCUGCUACCCAUACAUCUCACCUGCUGUCCAGGCUCUGGAAGCUCAUGCAAAUAUUCUGCUCCCCACUGCUCAGGUUGGCUGUGUAUGGGGCUUAAAUAGUGCCAGCCUCCGCCAUCCCAUUUCUGAGUCCCCAGGUUUCCUGCAUGCCCUCUGGCUUGCUCUGCCCACCAAUCCUGGAUGGUCGAGGAACUAGCACAAUGGUCCUGGCCUCUUUUGCCAAGAGCAUGCCUGUUUGCUGGGUUGCUCCUAUUAGGCAUAUGUGUGUGAUUGUAUGAAACAGUUAGACUUGCUGCAGUGGGUAAUUUGUAGGAAUUGUUUCUAGCUAGAGGAACUGAUUUGCUUCCAGUCUAGCAUUUGGGUUAUGGGAACUUGGGGUGUGUGGUAGGGCUUCGUUUCUUUUGUUCUGAGGUGUUUCCCCCUCCCUUUAGUCUCUCAGUUGACCAUCUUGGGCCUCUUUUCCCAUAUCAUCUCUCAAAGAAGGUGUGCCUCCUCUAUCCACCUAUUUUAUAGCAUAUAUCCAAGGCUAGAAGUCAAACCUGCAUAUUGGGUUGGUACUUUCUCUGCCUCAGGGGCCUGGGUGCUGGGAAAGAAACUUCUAAAAAUAAUAGAAAAAAAUAUAAAGGUAAAGUCUUUAACAGUUUCUGCCUGCUUUGAUCCUGAAAGGUGGGGUUUUGCUGAUCCGGGUUCAUUAGGAAUGACUUUGGCAGCCAAGCCAGGACUGGGCCUGCUGAAAACAGGCCUUCUGAGCAGCCAUGCCACCAUCACUCCGGAAGUGCAUAAAGGUCUGGCCUCCAGGCCUCAAUGGCUGCAGAGAUGUGAGAGCAGCCAACUGUCAGGAAGUCUCUCUUUGGGGUCAGAUCCUUUGCCGAUGUGGAACCCUCAGGUUGAGACUGCAUAACUAAAGCAGUCACAGGUCUUCUGGGGUUUGGGGUUUUUGUUUUGUUUUUUUUGUUUUUUACUGCUCUUUUCCCAAAAAUGAUUUGUAGUUGUGUGUGCAGCACUUUGCCCUAAUAUGUGUGUGCUCUACAAUAAAAACCAAAUCUAAUAUAUUUUGAAACAGUUGUCUGAUGCUGUGGUGAGAGAAAGCCUGACCUUGGGUUUUUUUCCCUUAAUUUAUUUUCUUGACCUUCCAACUGGAUUUGGAGAAAUUUAUUGCCUACCAGUCCUCUGAAGAUUGGUCACUGACACCCCUUGAUUGAUGGCUAAAGGUGGACUUGUCCUUGCCCACUGCCCUCUCGCCUUCAAGGAGGGUGGCCUUCAAUAAACCUUGGUGGCCAGGGACACACUUUGUUGAAUUCUAGAAGGUACAGUCUCUCCCUGGUUUGGAGGAGAGGCUGCAGGCCAGUACAAACACUGCAGAUGGAGCUGGAGCAGGGACAGCAGAGCUUAGGUAGAGGACAUGGCCAUUCUUGUACUCAGCAGCUAGGCUCUUGGGCUCCCUGGGUGUAGAACGUUGGUAGAUAAAGCAGGUAGGAUAGGAUGAGACUGGGACUCAGUCCACUGGGGUCCUUAAUGUGGAUCCCAGGGGAUUGCCAACUAUUUCCAUCUCUCCAGCUCUGCUCCAGUGAUCUGAGCCAGUUUGCUCAAAUUGCCACUGUGAAUCUUGGUCAAGCCAUUUCAUUGCCCAUAGAAUGGCUGGCCAGCAGUUUGAAAAGCAGUGGUAGGUCUAGAAUGGCCAGGGCCUCUUUAUGAACUGUGCAGUGGAGUGGGAUGACACUAGAACUGAGAGAAAGCACCAGAUGUCAUCCCAGCUGUGAUGUUGCAGAAGUGCAGAUCCCAAUCCAUGCUUGGGUGCCUUUCCUAGGGACAAGAGAUGGAAGAGACAUUUGAUACCAGUAAUCCUAGGCUUCAGUCUCCUGAGAUAGUACCCCAAUCCUUGAGAAGGAUUAGCCUUAAGCAAGUUUCUCAGAGUCUCACACCUGACUCCCUGAAUCUUUCCUGUUCUAGCAUGGCACUAGGUUCAGCCCCUGACUCAGUCCUCAUGAUAUACAGUAGUUCCUCCAACAGCAACUGGAUGUACCAGCCCUACCCAUCUCAGAUCUCAUUCUAUUCCUUUAACCUUGUUGUAUGGAGAAAGAAGAGUCUAGAGUAAUGAGAAAAAUAAGAGUGUUCUGUAGGCCAGGCUCAGGAUGGAAGGAGAGACCUGUAUAUGACAUGCUUACAUGCAUGUAAAGGUGUUCUAUGAUGUAUAAAUAGGCAGUAGAGCCCAUUAACUGUAAGUGUAAAUAACAUGUACAGUGUGCUUGUAAAUCUCUAUAGUUAGUUGUUGCCCACAGAACAUUUUAAUUGGCUUUUUGUUGAAGUGUCAGAUUCAUCAUCUGCCUGUGGUUAUAAUUCAAACACCAUGUGAGGGAGAUGCAUUUUAUCAGUUUCUCUUAGUUUUCUAUGGCUGCCAAAACAUUACCACAAACUUGAGAGCUUAAAGCAAAAGAAAUUAGCUGGGUAUGGUGGUACAUGCCUCUAAUUCCAACACAGGCUGAGGCAGAAGGAUCAAAAGUUCAAGGCCUGC